AUGUUUCGCCAUUGGUUGUUUUUCGCAAGCGUCGUGUACUUGGCCUGCUACUGCAGCGCGAAUUAUUGUAGGGACAACAAUCUUUGUUGUCCUGGCCGGGACAGUGCUUGCGUCGUGCAAAAAGCACACCAGAACGCCAUUAUUGAUGAUCCCCUCGACAAGCCGUGUUACUGUGACCACGCUUGCAUGAAACUUGGCGACUGCUGUCCUGAUUUCAGGGAAACUUGCGGAGUAUUGGAUUGCGUGGUAUCUGGUUGGGGAGAAUGGUCUGAAUGCGACAAUGAAUGUGGUUCGGGCAGCAUGAUGCGAAGUCGUCGUGUGGUGCAGGCCCCGGCUCGCGGUGGAAAACAUUGUCCCACUUUGGUACAAAGAAGAGCUUGUCAAUCCCACCACGGUUGCACUGAAGAGAGUGACAUACCAUUACGCGAGGAAUCAGCGAUGAUUUUACCCGGCUCCCUCUCUAUAAGUCGCCAUUCCGAUGAAAGUGUUGACAUCAGGAAGAACUUGCGUCUACGCAAUCCUGAUGACCCAGAAUCGAAUUCUCAUAGGGAGUACUGCGUACAAUAUGAGGUUACGAAAGUAUCCAAGGCCUGCCACACUGACUCCGAUUAUAAAGCUCUACGAGAGGGUGCUACUGUAUGUGUCAUGUGCGAGACGGCGGCACUGAGACGUGAUCUCAAAUGGCGUUGCGGCGGCCACGGUGUAUCUGGACACGCCACACGUUUUUACGCUCUCGUGGCUCCACAUUGCCACGGAAAAUGGAUCCGCGCUUCAAACAAUGCGGACAAGAACUCCGGCUGCUGUCUUAAACCGGACUUCAUCUUCGUCUAG